UCGUGAAUGCGUAUCGGCUAUAACUUUGAUAAGUGACCGGACACCUUUAUUUGAACGUUUGAUUUUCGGGGUAGUUAUAUACAUCCUCCUCCUAAACUAUCCCAUUGGGACAAGCCAUUCCCCGCCAUUUGAAUUCUCUCAAAAUUUGCAACAUGUCUUCACAUCAAUCCCAUUGGAUGGCCAAUCCGUCUCCAACUAAACUCUCCAUCUUCCUGAAUUUGUCUUUCCUCCUCUUCCUCGUCCUCUACCUCAAAACCCAACUAUCCAAUGACCUGGGAUCGAGCCUACCGAACUUCUCCACUGCUGUAACAGGUCCCCGACUCCUCAUUGAGCCACCAGAGCACGACCCACAAGCCUGCAGUAGCGUUCACGAUUUCUCGGAUAACAAGUCCAAGUGCCGGUAUGUGAGGUCGGAUCCACAGUGCAGGCAAAAGGGCUAUAUAAACUACCUAGAGAUCUUCUACUGCACGUUUGGGAAUUCCUCCUUCUUUGGGCACACCAUUCUCCUUCUAUGGCUCUUUGUUCUGUUCUAUCUUCUUGGCAACACCGCUGCAGAAUACUUCUGCCCCUCAUUGGAGAGCCUGUCGAAGAUCAUGAAGCUCUCCCCCACCAUAGCGGGAGUGACCCUGCUCUCGCUAGGGAAUGGAGCCCCAGACGUCUUUGCGAGCAUAAUCUCCUUCACGAGGACUGGGAAUGGCAACGUCGGGCUUAACAGCAUACUAGGCGGGGCAUUUUUUGUAUCGAAUGCGGUUGUAGGAGUGAUUAGCAUAUCAAUCAGCUCUCGCGAGGUUGCAGUUGAUAGGCCAAGUUUUAUGAGGGACCUCCUAUUCUUUCUCUUCACCCUUGCUUCUCUCCUCGUGAUCAUUUCUCUGAAGAGAAUAGGGCUAUUGUGUUCAAUCUGCUUCGUCUCUAUUUAUUUUAUCUAUGUCGGCACCGUGUUUGCUAUGCAGUUAUUCCACAGAAAGAAGAGGAAAUCAAACCCGGUCUCGGUGGAUCAAAAUAGUUUGGAGGAGAGUGGCAUUGCUUUACUUGGUAACGUUGGGGAAGAAGAAAAGUCUGUGGCAGUCCAAAUAGAGAAUGGCCGUAUGACGGAUCAGACUGAAUUGCAAUUCCAGGAAUAUUUCCGGGGCUUCGACUACUUGACUUGGAGUUACUUUGUGAAGCUACUGCAGGUCCUGGAGCUACCCCUACAGCUGCCUAGAAGGCUCACGAUCCCGAUCGUGAGCGAGGAGAGAUGGUCCAAGCCUUAUGCUGUAAUUUCAGUUACACUUGCCCCGGUCCUAUUAGCAGCUCUCUGCAACUCACAGAGAGAUAAUGUCAGCUUCAAGAGCAGCACGCUCUUAUACUUAACCUCGGGGCUCAUAGGGAUGGUACUAGGAAACCUCGCGUUUGCAACCACAAAGAAACAGACCUCGCCCAAGAACGGCCUUUCCCUAUGGCUCUUCGCUGGCUUCCUGAUGUCGGUCACCUGGACGUACAUUAUAGCGGAGGAACUCAUCUCAUUGCUGAUCUCGGUUGGAACUAUUCUUGGCAUCAGCCCAUCGGUCCUAGGCCUGACCAUCCUGGCCUGGGGCAACUCCCUCGGGGACCUAAUAGCGAACACGGCCAUGGCCAUCAAUGGCGGGUCCGACGGGGUUCAAAUCGCAAUCUCAGGAUGCUAUGCCGGACCCAUGUUCAACACCUUAAUGGGCCUGGGCUUAUCAUUGGUGUUCCAGUCCUGGUCGAAGUACCCAUUGCCUUACGAAAUUCCAGGAGAUAGUUCUGUGUACGAGAUUCUCGGAUUCUUCAUCAGCGGUUUGCUCUGGGCGCUCGUGAUUGUGCCCAGGAAGAAUAUGAGAUUGGACCGGUUUCUCGGGUUCGGGCUUCUGGCCAUCUACUUGUGCUUCCUGUCCCUCAGAGUUGCCAGGACUGCUGGUCUUCUAAAGGUUUAGGAUUAGUCCUCGAAGCUCUUUAUCCUUAUGGACGAAAUUCCUAGGUUUUGUGGGACAGACAUUAUCAUAUUCUUGCUUGUUCUUAUUAAGACACUCUCGAUAAGAAAGGUUUCAAUCUGUUUCGGUAAUUCGCGUUGAGCUGAACAUUACUUCUUGGACUCGCAUCAGUUGAGUCUAGAUAGAUUUGGUGUGUGUAAACAUGAGAUAUACAUCAGCUUUCUUGUCAAGGAUUCAUUUAGCAGCAAAA